AUGGACUCAUUUGAAGCUCUCUGCGAUACAGAUUCUAGUAAAACAGUUAUUUUGUGGGCAAAUAAAGUGCCUCUGGUUAAGUGCACAACUUUACCAUUGCUUGAAAAUCUCCAUCAUCGUCGUGCUAAUUCAUACAGAGUACCAACUGGAAUAAGUGAACACUUUUCUAAUUCGGUUAUAAAAGCGAGCGAAGAUUUUGUAAAAGAAGUGAUUUCAGAUUCCGAACAGGCGGUACAGUGCUAUUUAAAAAUGAAUAAAUUAGGACUUUCAAACUCUAGCUAUGACAGUAAAAGUUUAAUGAUAAAUAAGUAUGUUAUACAAGCAUGCAAAGAUAGGGAAUUUUCAGAAUCCAAUCGUUCAUUAUUUUUUAACCCAAGUUGGCUCAACGAAAAUGGGAUUUUCGACGAUCAGGUAGCUAUAGAAAACAUUUCUGUCUAUAUAAAACAGCAUUGGAACUUGGACACAAAAUAUUUAUAUAGUGUUGAGAAGUCAUUAAUGAAAAUGAUUGAUGCUUCUUGUCACAGUUACAAGGCAGAAUUUUCGGUGUCUACCAAUGAGUAUCCGAUUCCUCAAGUAACAGUAAGCGCGUAUUUUACAGUGAAUGUAUCGCAUUUACUGUCACUUCCGGCGGUGUACAUAAAAUAUCAGUUGGAGACGGACAGACAUGAGUACGUAGUAGGCAGACACUCAUUCAACAAGAAACAUUUCGAGCGCUUGUUUAAAACCAAACGCGACAUGUACAUGAAAAUUAACAAAUAUGUCGGAUGGUCGUCCGGACCAAGUCAUAGUGCUGGUUUUAACUCUUAA